AUGCAGGGGAGCCCGUGGCUCUUGGAAUUCUGUGGCCGGCAUAUCUCCAGUGCCUUCUGUCAGUACGGGAGGUGGGCGGAGGUGACGCCAGACCCUUCCAUCGUCGCCUUGUGCUGGAAUAGCGAUCCGACCAAUUUCACCGCGUCUGUAUGCCUCAGCGGCAGCCUCCUCCGUGCCCUGAGUCAGGAGGCCGGCAACGGCUGGCUGGCCGCCGUCUGCGGCGCAGAGAACAGGUGCGGUUACGCCGAGUGGCUGGGCGCCCCGGGCAUCGCGCCGGCUUUGGUCACGUACUGCAGGGACCUCGACCCCGCCGGCUUUGAGCUGCUGCUCUGCACCUCCACUGCGCUCCUGGCGCAGCUGCUGAGAGACCCGGGCAACUCGUGGCUGCGCGCAGAGUGCGCCGUCCCGAUCUCCUCCACCGCCACUCCCUGGAACCUCGACGGCGCCGUGGCCGACCGCUGCCAGUACGAGGCGUGGACGCACCCGGGAGCCGCCGACACCGCCGUGGUGGCCUUGUGCUUCAACCACGACGGCGAGAACUUCUACCUCGGGGUGUGCCUGGACCCACCUGUCCUCCAACAGCUGCUUGAAGACCACCUCAACUUCUGGCUCUCCGACUUCUGCGACAUCCCCCCGUCCUGGGAGGCGAUCGGCGCUGAGCAGGCGCUUGUCUGCCGCUACGCCCGGUGGUCCCAGGGCACGGUGGACCCCGACUUGUUGCAUUUCUGCUGGACCUCGGACCCGGCUAACUUCACGCAGUUUGUCUGUCAGGACGGGCCGCUGGUCUCCCGGCUUCUGAGGUCUCCCGAGAACGGGUGGCUGCAGUCCCAGUGUAACGUGCCAGUAGGCGCCGACGUCAGCUGCCGCUACGAAGAGUGGGUGGCCGCCGCCUCCAUAGACCCUGCCGAGGUCGAGUUUUGCAGUCAAUAUGACCCGGACAACUUCGUACAGUCUGUGUGUGACAACUCGACCCUCCUGUGGGAGUUACUGGGAGGUGCAGACAGCACCAGGCUCACUGCCCUGUGUUGGUAUGCACAGGAAGAUGGAGUGAAUCCCGGCACCCUGUGCAGGUAUGACUCGUGGUUGGCGCAGCAAGUGGACCCCACCAUUGUGGCUCAGUGCUUCGACCACGACCAGUCCAAUUUCAAUGAGUUCGUCUGCCAGGACGCUGGGCUGCUUCAGUCGCUGAGCAGCGACCCGCUCACGGCCUGGGUCGUGGAAGACUGCAUUUCAAUCAGUACCCCCGAGACUAGAGAGUGCCCGCUGCACGAUCUCAUCUCCCGUCUCCAAUGGACGUGUAGUCAGGGCCCACCCGGGCCAUGCCCGCACCCGCACUUCCGACUGCGAGAUGUCCCCACUCUGGUUCUGUGCGGCCUGGAGCACAUUGGGCUGAUGUUAGACAGCGAAUCCGCUGAGGAACUAACGACUGGGCUCACGGAGGCGAUCAAUGGGGCCGUCCUGGGGCUGGUGGCAUUGGAGGUUGAUCGAAUCCCCUUCCUUCGGCUCCUUCACAAUGCCAGGAAUCAGGUCCUGCACACGGUGGUGGAUUACCUGCGAGGACGGGGCAGCCACCGAGACAGAAAAGAGGUGCUCCAGUGUUUUGGGUCUGUCCUGUGGGACUUGGUGCAGAAGGAAGGAGGAUCGUCAGCUGUGGACCUGGUGGAGGAAUACAUGAAGGUUUCUGCAGCUGAUCUUCAGGCGGUGCUGCAUGCAAUUGAUGUUCAGAAAACAAAGCAACUGCUGCACAUCUUAAACAUGAACUGGAGCAGUCUGCAGAUUUGGGAUGAUGUGAGGACGGUUCUGGCAUCAGUCUUUUUCAAAAGAAUACUGCUCGCCGACCCAAAUAUGUUUCCAGAGUUGGUUUAUUUACUACCUCACCUAUCAGCAUCUGAAAUCCGAGCACUACCAGUGACCUUGGACAUGGAGGAAGUGUUAGCAGUGGUUAACCAGAUCUUCGGGGAGCUGUCUGAUGACCAGAGGGCAGCCUUCGUCCAGUGGGUCGUGAGCUCUGGGAGGUUUAGCUCUGUGACCACGUGGUCUCUGACUUUCCUGCAGCACAUGAGUAAACUGCUGGUGUUCCUGCCAUUCGAGAGGUUUCAGCAUCUGUCCCGUAGUCAGAUACUCAUUGCAUUGGAUGCCCUGCUGGCCAGUAAACUGACCACAAUCCAGGAAAGGUUUCUCAUCCACACUGUCCUAAAAGGGGGCAAAACAAUUGGAAAAUCUGACUUCGAGAGGCUGGGCAGAUUGAUUUGUUCUGCAACCUCCCAAGAUCUGCAGCCCUACAAACAGAACCUUCAAAUGUUUGCUGUCAUCAAGGAGCAACUCCUGGACUGCAUCAGUGAUCAGAUUUUUGUUCCAAAUGAGCUGCUUACAGAUUUUCUGGUCAAAUCAACCAGUAUAAUCCACAACGGACUCGUGGUGACGGAUGAAUUGACAAGUCUGGUUAGCCUUCUCCCAAUCCUCGGAUUGCCCUUUUUAAAACAACUUCACCCAGCACAGAUUCAAGCAAUACUCCCGGAGCUCGGUACAGUGAACUUUACUUCUGUCCAGGCAAGGGUAAUCAUCGAGAAAGUGCUGCAAAACGUGUCUAUCACGGAGGAGUUGCUGAGCAGUCUGGGGUCGACUGUGGUCGGUCUUAGCCCAUCGAUCCUGCGAGUCAUUCCAUCCGCUCUGUUUGUGAAUGUCCUGCCCAGCGUGGUGGCUUACGAGAGGCGGCUGAGUCCCGUACAGAAGCUGAUGGCUGUGAAUAAAUUCUGGGAAUCGGACGAUAUAAAUUUCCUCAAGAAUCUGGGUUCCCUUGCAAAGGACAUUCCCUUAAUAUCCUUGAGAUCAAAGGUCAACGUGUUAAUGUCCAAUGCCAGUGCCCUAACACAAGUGAAGUGGUCGGUGCAGCAGGCUCAGAUGCUCUUUGGGAAGAUUCUACAAGCAAAUGACCAUAAUAUGACUGAAGACACCUUUAGCUCUCUUGGUUUCGUAGCACGGGGAGUAGACUGCGCGACCCUGCAGCAUCUGACGACACCCAAGACAUUCCUGAAACUGCUGCAGUUCUUCAGAGACUUGCCAACUGAAAUGCCGGUGUCCCUGAGGGGUUGCGUUCUGGAAACAUUGAACAGCUUUGUGCUCACCGUGGGGACUGUGCGAAGUAUGCGGCCACAACUGCUCUUUGAUCUCCAACUUGUGAAAAUUAGAAGAUUUUCCAUUAACAUGACACAGCAGUUGCUUCAAGUCAUUGUGAAAAAUCCGAUUCCAUUCAUAAAGCUGCCGAGCUCAAAGCAGAGCCUGAUGGUUGAUUGGAUUGUACAAGUUCUGAAUUUACAUGGCAGAAGAUUUUCCAAAGCAGAGUUUGACUUGCUGGGAUUUGCAGUGGCUUUUAUUGCCGAUGAAAUAUUCAUGGAGAUCCCUAGGGAAUUGGUGAAAGCAAACUUGUUUAAAUUGAAAGAUUACUGUUUUGACAGACAAAAGAAGUUGCUUCUGGGAGACAUAUUAACAAAAGAGACCAUGUUCGGUGACCCCACCAACUGGACCUCGCUGACCUUGGAAAAGGUCGAUCGGCUCCUUCUCUUUCUGUCCAUUGAGGAUAUACAAAAACUUCCAAAGGAUGUUUUGGUCUUGGAGAGGAUUGAGAUGUUGUUUCACAGCCAGAAGCAGUGGGAGGGAAGUGCUUUCGGUUCGACCUGCCAGCAAGCAAUGGAACCUUCUGACCACGAGGACCUUUUUAGAAAACAGCAAAUAUUGUUACAGACUGCAGUUGGACUGCUCAAUACUCGGCAGCAGCGGCAGACGACAAACGGUCCCAUCCUGACCUGCAACAUCAUCCGCACUACCCUCCCCUCCGCGUGGCCUGUCGAUUUGUUGAUUGGCAUGGCCGACGACGACUUCAUCAACUGCUUGGAGAUGAUUGGCCAAGACCCUCAUUUUCAGCCAUUCGAACUUCUUUGGCUGCUGGAGAGAGUUAAACAGAUCUACAGACCUGUAUCAGCGAUGCCGCCUCAGGUGAUCGAACAGCUAGGACGGAUAGCCACCCAGUUCCCAGAGAAGGAUUUGAUGAGGCUGGACCUGUCUGAUCUGGGUGCUGUGGCAGCCCUGGGUAAAACUGCAGAGUGGACCAACAAAAAGCUCACUGUGUUGUUUACAACGUUCCUGCAUGUGAACAGGCUCAGAGUGGAUGAGCUGGAUUCGGCCAGUCUGGUUGCUCUGGGACACAUCAUUUGUGGCAUCAAACCAGCUGACAUGUCUGCGAUAAACCCAAUGCAGUUCAGCAUGGCCGUUCUGUGGAUCGGGAGUCUGAGUCUGUUGUGCGAUGAGUCCCAGUUACACAGCCUAGCCGGCCUCGUUACUCACCCGCAGACACUCGGAGACGUCAGCCUGUGGCGAGCUGAAGAAUUCAUUGAAGUCGGUUCCAUCGCAGCUGGUCUUCCAGACAUGGUUCUCUCCUCGCUGGUUAAAGAGCAGGUUGAAGGCCUCACGCCGAACGCCAUUGCAGCUCUGCCGCCAAAGAAACUCUCAGUGGUAUUUAGUCCGGCCCAGAUUCGCAUGUUUAAUUACCAGCAGGCGGUGGCAGUGACACCUGCCCAGCUGAAGGAACUGGGUGAUGUACAGAAGAAGGCUCUGGAUAUGGUCCUCACUUCGUGGCACAAAAUGGCCAUCGACACAAGAGGGAGAUCGUCUGGAAGAAAUCUUUUUGCGAGCUUGAAUGGAAUAUUGUUGUGUCUCUUUUGUAACCUUUUACACACAAGAGAAGCUCACCUGUAACUAACAAAACGUACUUUAACCUUGUGUUGUCACCUAUUUGUUUGAGAGCUUGCUACCUUUAUCUACCUGAGUAGUGGUUCUAAGUGGAAUUUACAUACGUUGAGGAGAUUUUGGACCUGUGAGUUGCAGACUUUGCAUUUUAGUUUGUUGGGAUUGACUCUGUUUUGUUUUUGAAAUUGUGUGGUUGAAUAAAGAAUUUUUUUUUGCUUUGAUUAA